ACCCAUUAUCCCGAAUUAACUCUCAAAACAACCCUCUAUUUCUAAUUCAGCGUCCCUCGCCACCCCAUUACCAGCUACUGCAUCCCUCCGCCGCUCGCAGCAGUCCGCCGCCGCUCCUACCUGAAGNAGCGUCUGCCCCCACCCUCCCAACGAACUCGCGGCACCUCCCUCCCGCUCACACUCUCUCGCCUCUCCCUGCAAUCAGAGUUACUUAACUCUCUUAGUCCUUAACCCUCACUGUUGGUGAGAUCGCCACCGCUCAUUUUUCAGAUCCAGCCCAAGAAGGAUAUGGGAGGCAGAGGAGUCAUUGGUGACAAAUGGUCCAUGAGGGUUCUCUGGGUCUGUGCUUUAGGAAGUGCAAUUGGUUUGUAUAUGGUUGCUCAAGAAAGACAAUUACAGAACAGGCAACGAAUGCUGGCUGAGAGUCUGAAAGACGCGGAAUCAGGAGGCAGUGGUGAAAAUGUUUAGGCACUUUAGGGCGUUGUCGGAAUGUGAGCUCCAUACUAUCAAGAUUUUGUCCUUUGCAAAUUGCUUCCAUCCCUUAUGGUGGCUACAAUUCAAUACUGUGAGUUUCCAACAUUGUGAAAUAAUUAGAGCCGUGUUUAUUGGUGAUGAGCUUGAAUCUUAUUUGAAUUCAUGGGAUACAAUAAUUAUACUGAAUCAGUUUCUAGUGGGCCAAUUUGAGAAAUGGGAUUCAGAAACACACAUCUCAGAA